UCUUCUUCUUUUCUCCGUUACCAACCACACCAAACCCUAUCAACAACCCCCUUCACAUCUAAAGAGGGUCUGGCAAGGAGUACGUCUUCGUACUUGUUCUCUGUCUCGCUCACUUUUUCCAUCAGAAAAAACUUCAAAAAAAAACUUGAAAAUCCCCCAUCAAAAACUCCCAACUUCCAUAACGGAAUUCCCCUCCUCAAUCGCAAGAAAAUUCUAGAGGAAUCGUUCACCGAGCCUCUUUUUCUUGCUUUUACCUCUGCACCUGCCUGUCAAUCUCGCAACAAGUGCCCCUCGUGUGUGUCGGUCAAACGUCACACAUCGCCAUAACCUCAUUCGACGAUACAAGGCUCGCCUUCUCCUCUUCUUACUCUUAUCCCCUCCGACCACAUCGUCUCGGUCUCGUCCAACAACCGAUCGUCAGAUUUCUUGACUUGGUAUGUGCCUUCUCCCCUCAUAUCCCCUCUUCUACCUCGCCGUCGACUUCCACCAACGUGUGCGGUUCGCAAAUUCUUACCCCGCCUUCCAAGUCGUGGCUCAUUCCUCCUUCAUCUCAACCUGCCUCUAACGACCACUUGGUGUUGCAGUAUCUUUUCCCCUAGUCAAUUCUACUACCGAUACAAUGGCCACCGCUACCAACAACGGCGCUGUCGACCAGCUCGCCAACGACCUGGGCAACGCUUCCCUCAACGGCUCUGACUCCAAGGCUGCCCCCGCCAUCAACACCAAUGUUGAGUCUGCCGCUCAGGGCGACAAUGCCGACACCGCAGGCCCUACCCCCAGCUCCGCUGCGCCUCACCCCCAGGCCUCCGCCUCCCUCUACGUCGGCGAGCUCGACCCCUCUGUUACCGAGGCCAUGCUUUUCGAGCUGUUCUCCCAGAUUGGUUCUGUCGCUUCCAUUCGUGUCUGCCGUGAUGCGGUUACCCGCCGCUCUCUCGGCUACGCCUACGUGAACUACAACACUACCUCCGAUGGCGAGAAGGCUCUCGAGGAGCUCAACUACACCCUCAUCAAGGGCCGCCCCUGCCGCAUCAUGUGGUCCCAGCGUGACCCUGCUCUGCGCAAGACUGGCCAGGGCAACGUCUUCAUCAAGAACCUCGAUGUUGCCAUCGACAACAAGGCUCUCCACGACACCUUUGCCGCUUUCGGUAACAUCUUGAGCUGCAAGGUCGCCCAGGAUGAGAACGGCAACUCCAAGGGCUACGGUUUCGUUCACUACGAGACCGACGAGGCUGCUUCUCAGGCUAUCAAGCACGUUAACGGCAUGCUUCUGAACGAGAAGAAGGUUUACGUCGGCCACCACAUCCCCAAGAAGGACCGCCAGAGCAAGUUCGAGGAGAUGAAGGCCAACUUCACCAACAUCUACGUCAAGAACAUUGCCACCGAGGUCACCGACGAUGAGUUCCGCGACCUUUUCGCCGCCUUUGGCGACGUCACCUCUUCCUCGCUUGCCCGCGACCAGGAAGGCAAGAGCCGCGGCUUUGGCUUUGUUAACUUCACUACUCAUGAGGCUGCUUCCAAGGCUGUCGACGACCUUAACGGUAAGGACUUCAAGGGACAGGAUCUGUACGUCGGCAGAGCGCAGAAGAAGCACGAGCGUGAGGAGGAGCUCCGCAAGUCUUACGAGGCUGCUCGCAUGGAGAAGGCCAACAAGUACCAGGGUGUCAACCUGUACAUCAAGAACCUCGACGACGAGGUUGACGACGAGAAGCUUCGCCAGCUGUUCGCCGAUUUUGGCCCCAUUACUUCUGCCAAGGUGAUGCGCGACAAUGCCACCGACUCUGGCAACGAGGAGGAGGGUUCCUCCGAGGAGACGGACAAGGAGAACAAGAAGGAGGAGGUCAAGGCCGAGGAGAAGGAAGAGGCCGAGAAGACCGAGGAGAAGGAGGACGGCGAGAAGAAGAGCGAGAAGAAGUCGGACAAGAAGCCCCAUGGUAAGUCCAAGGGCUUCGGCUUCGUCUGCUUCAGCAACCCCGACGACGCAACCAAGGCCGUUGCCGAGAUGAACCAGCGCAUGGUCAACGGCAAGCCUUUGUACGUCGCUCUUGCUCAGCGCAAGGAUGUUCGCAAGAGCCAGCUUGAGGCUAGCAUCCAGGCUCGCAACCAACUCCGCAUGCAGCAAGCCGCCGCCGCUGCUGGUAUGCCCCAGCAGUACAUGCAGCCCCCCGUCUUCUACGCCGCGGGCCAGCAGCCCGUCUUCCCCCAGGGUGGUCGCGGCAUGCCCUUCCCUCAGGGCGGCAUGGCCAUGCCUCCCGUUCAGGGUGGCCGCCCGGGCCAGUUCCCCGGAGGAUACCCCCAGCAGGGCGGACGCGGUGUUCCCCAGCAGAUGCCCCCUGUCUACGGCAUGCCCGGCUCCUUCCCUCCCGGAGGUGCCUACCCCCAGCCUGGUAACCCGCAAUUCAUGGCUGCCAUCCAGCAGGUGCAGCAGGCUACCAUGGGCGGUGGUCGCGGCGGUCCCCAGGGUGGCCGUGGUCCCGUCCCCCAGGGAAUGCCCAUCCCCGGCGGCCCCGGCAUGCCCGGCUUCCCUCCCAACGCUCGCCAGGGUGGUAACCAGCCCGGCGCCGGCCGUGGUGCCAACCCCAACGCUCCUCGCAACGCUCCCUUCCCCCAGGGUGGCCGUGGAGCCCCUGCCCAGGAGCUCAACAGCGGCAGCCUCAUCCAGCAGCAGCUUGCUGCCGCUGGCGGCAACCCUGGCCAGCAGAAGCAGAUCCUCGGUGAGGUCAUCUUCCCCAAGAUCCAGGCUAUCCAGCCUGAGCUUGCCGGAAAGAUCACCGGUAUGCUUCUCGAGAUGGACAACGCUGAGCUUGUUAACCUCAUCGAGGAGGAGUCUGCUCUCAAGGCCAAGGUCGACGAGGCCCUCGGCGUCUACGAGGAGUACAUCAAGGCCCAGGGUGGCGAGGAGGGCGAGAAGAAGACCGAGGAGACUAAGGCCUAAGCCAUCUCCUCCACAUUCACGCAACGUCAUGAGCAUGAUUUCCUUAUGUCAUCAUACCCCUUGUUAUCGGGCAUCCUUUCUACGACCAGUGAGCAUUCAACGACAACGCUCAUGAGGUCAUUGCUCAACACGGAUUGGGAAAAGUUAUUUGGAAUGAGGCGGCAUAAUCGACUGCAUUUUUUUACGCCAGAGGAAUCUCCACGACAUGCUUUGCUAUGACGGCAGCUCUUUCUGGGACCUGUCGUCAAAUCCUUCGGGGCCUGCAUGUAUGGAUAGAUUUCUCUACUGCCUUCGUAGGCAGAGAGAUUGGCGGCUCAUCCCUUACUUGGGUGGCUCCUGUUCUCUUGAUCUGCCAGGAAGGCUAGGUGGGAUGCGUCAUUUGCCACCCAGUAUGGUUCUCCAGGAAGGCGUUUUACGGUUGUAUGUUUGAGUCGCACGAGCUGCCUGGCUUCGCUCGCUUGCGAUGGCACCAAUACCCCACACAGAACGGUACUCGUUUCUUCAGGCAAACAGGCAGA